UCGAGCGUGGCUAUCAGGACAGGCGUGCUUCAUGUGUUGAGGAAGCAAAGCACUCGAAUGAGGAAAAGUGUGAAUGGUUAGCCAGAAUAAUCAUUAAUCAGUUUCACAUCAGAGUUAGGAAUCAGCUCCAUGAGCGCUUUGCGUCAAGGCAGGGGUCUUGAAAAGCUUUAUGGGGUCGCCGACGCGGAAAAAAACAACUUUCACUGCCGCAGAACAGCGGUAGUGUGCGUACGCGGUAGUGUGCGUGCGCCGAAGAUAGUCAGCAGUCCCUCUGUUUAUAGUCACAGAAGUGGUAGCUUGAAACGGAGAGCAGGCGGAAGUUUUGGAGUUGUAAGACUAGGAAAUGGCAAUCUCCAAGAACGCGGCAACGAGCGGUUUCAUGUCACACCUCGUGUGACACAAGCGGGCUCAGCUUCCUGGAACGCGUUUCAACAUCAAGGGAACAGUAACGCCAGCCAAUUAGGGGAUGCCUCAGCGACCGACGCGCCGUCGUGUCUGUUCCUGGGCCCGUUAGAGAGCGCCACGAGAGAGCAGCUCGAACAGUUUUAUGCACAGGCUCGGGAUGCGUACUACAGCGGGAAGCCCUUGGUAUCAGAUGACAUCUUCGAUCUGGUGGAGCGUCGGUUGCGGUGGUUCCACUCAGAACUGGUCAAGAAGUACCCGCGUUGCAGCAUACGAGCUCUCUACUGCUACUCAGACGCCGAGGCGGACCCCUCCCAGAUGGCAGCGCUGUCAACCAUGUGGUCCCUUAUCCUAGCAGCGGGGGCAGCGCUGACAGCAAUGCCGCUGGUGUUUCUGGUGAUGGUGAUGGGCGCGAGUGGCGUGGAGCGGGUGGAGAAUCCCAUCCUCUCCAGUCCGCUGUGGCAGCUUGACGGCGCCAUGGCUGCUGGCAUCUGCUUCCUGCUGGGGGUGGUUCUCGCCUCUGCUGCAGCACGCCCACUGCAGCGCAUAAUGCAGGGCAAGAUGGUGGCGCUACAGGGCAACUGUCCGCACUGUGGAGAGGAGGUUUACUCGUUCAUCACAUUGGAAGAGGGAGCCAGACACCGGCACAAGGCUGAGUGCCACGUGUGCGGCCAGCCUCUGGUCUUUCAUGCGUUCGUUGAGGCAUCUCCAAGUAACCCCAAGCACUCAUGGGCGUAUGGUAGAAUAUAUGUUGUGGCAAGAGCCAAGGAUUUGGAGCCUCCUGCAGAAACACACCCCUAGUUUCAGGCACCCUUAGUCGCUGGCAUUCUUGAAAUGUUGUGUAAAUGUGUUUUGUGGUGGUGUAUAGUCAGUCAGAAGCCAGCAAUGGCAUUUUGGAAACAAUGUACA